UCUCUCUCUCUCUCUCUCUCUAUAACACAGACGCAUAGCAAAGCCAAACAAUCCACAGCCGCAACACAGAGAGGAGAAUGGCCGCAGCAGCUAUGGAAUUAGCUCUUCUAAAUUCGUGGACUUUAUUCCAUCCCAAGUCUCCAAACCCAUCAAAGCUCAGAGCUUUCACCAUCCGAUGCUCCUCCGCCACCUCAACCACCGUCCCAGAUUUGGCAGAAAGACCUUGGAAGACCUCAGAUGCUAGGCUCGUGCUUGAAGAUGGUUCAAUCUGGAGAGCGAAGUCGUUUGGCGCUUCAGGGACCCAAGUUGGUGAAGUUGUAUUCAAUACAUCCUUGACUGGGUACCAAGAAAUUAUUACAGAUCCUAGUUAUGCUGGUCAAUUUGUCCUGAUGACAAACCCACAUAUUGGAAAUACUGGUGUAAAUUUUGAUGAUGAAGAAUCAAGGAAAUGCUUCCUUGCCGGUUUGGUGAUCAGAAGUUUAAGCAUCAGUACUUCAAAUUGGAGAUGUGCAGAAACAAUUGGUGAUUAUUUAGCAGAAAGGAACAUCAUGGGAAUUUAUGAUGUUGACACACGUGCUAUCACCCGAAGAUUAAGGCAAGAUGGAAGCCUUAUUGGUGUUUUAAGCACAGAAAAGACAAAAUCAGAUGAAGAACUAUUGGAAAUGUCUCGUUCGUGGGAAAUUGUUGGGGUCGAUCUAAUAAGUGGUGUGUCAUGUAAGGCCCCUCAUGAUUGGGUUGAUAAAACAGAUUCAGAGUGGGCAUUUAACUCCAGUAAAAGAGAUGGAGAUGCAUUUCAUGUGGUUGCAUAUGAUUUUGGAAUCAAGCAUAAUAUACUCAGGCGCUUGGCUUCGUAUGGUUGUAAAAUUACUGUUGUGCCUUCAACAUGGCCAGCAUCAGAGACUCUUAAAUUGAAACCAGAUGGGGUCCUUUUCAGCAAUGGCCCCGGAGACCCAUCUGCUGUUCCUUAUGCUGUUGAAACAGUCAAGGAGAUUCUUGGGAAGGUUCCAGUUUUUGGAAUUUGCAUGGGCCAUCAGUUGCUUGGCCUGGCAUUAGGCGGUAAAACUUUCAAAAUGAAGUUUGGCCACCAUGGAGGAAAUCAUCCAGUUCGUAAUCUUCGUACUGGACAUGUUGAGAUAAGUGCUCAGAACCACAACUUUGCAGUUGAGGCUGGAUCACUUCCAGAGGGUGUAGAAGUAACUCAUGUCAAUCUCAAUGAUGGAAGUUGUGCUGGCCUUUCCUAUCCUGCACGAAACAUCAUGUCUAUUCAGUACCACCCUGAAGCAUCUCCAGGACCUCAUGAUUCGGACUACGUUUUCAGCGAAUUCAUAGAGCUGAUGAAGAAAGUAAAAGUAAAUGCAUGAAGGUAUCUGCACUGAGCUUCAGUUGAUGGACGCCGUGCCCUGAGGCGGCGAGGGUUCAAAUGGUCAUACAUAAAUCCGGCCUCUUCUCGUAUAUUUGGGAUUAGCGUUUGCAGUUGCAGAAAAAUAGUUAUGAGUUCUUCCUCUCUUUUUCUAGUCAUAACGUUGUUAGCGACCGAAGUUUUGAGACGAAUACUUGCUACCCCUGAAGUUUUGCUCUAUUUGAUUAUUUUGUCCUUGUUUUGUAUGCUGUAAUUGGUUCGGUAGGACGGUAUUUCUGCGUGCUUGCAAUACAGUUUCAGUCAUAUUUUUUGUGCUCAA